UGUGCCAUCAACAUACAAUAAAAGGCCAAAACAAAAAAUGUGAACAUUGUUGACACAGCUGAUUUUACCGCAAUUGCGGUCUUAUGUUGCUCAUUCGCCCCCGUAGGCGAUUGUAAUUUUACAAUAUUAGUGCACAUUUCCUAAUAAAUAAAUACAAUUUAAAUACAAAAAGGUAAAUUUAAUUAUUUGGUAUUAUUUCGAGAAAAGGGAAAGAGAAAUAUCUGCAAUGAAUUCAUUAUGUUUACGUGUGUCUUCGGUAAAGACUGGUGAGAAUGUAAAGAAAAAUGCGGAAAUGCGUGCUGAACUCAUCACGUUGCCAAAACUAUACGACAACUCUGCCGCUAGUUAUUGUUUGGAACUAAAGAAUGCUCGAACCGUACCAGAACAGGUGGCAGCCGUAAAAGAUAUAUUCAAAAAUCUCAGUCGCGAUGCACAGUCUUUGCAAUUUCUGGCCGAUUUAUUUUUUCACUGUCCGCUUAAGCAUCCUGUGCGUAAUCAAAUACUAAAGCUUUUAAUUACUGCUGCCAACUUGGGUACAGGCGACACAGAUGAAACGUCAAUUGUUAAUGCCUUAUCGCAAACGUUGAAGCGUUUGGUCGAAGAAACCAAAGCAGGGAUAGAGAGUAGCAUAUGGAAUUUUUUUAUAACUUCGAUGACUGGUUGCUUCGAGAAUUUUCAAUGUGGUCUUAAAGCGAUCCAACAAAGCAUAGGCGAAGUAUUUCCGUUUGUUAGCGCAGCUGUACAAAAGUAUCUCACCGAAUUAAGUGUACUUAGUUCACCUUCUGUACGCAAUGAAUACUAUCUUUACGUGCACAAUAGUAUUCGUUUAAUACUAAGUUGUGUACAAGAAUUCGACACACAGCUUAAGGAUAAACACAGUGCUACACUUAUACAGUUAGGUACAAUAUGUCAGCAAAUUGUGCAUGAUGACGAUUUUCCAAUGGAUCCACGCACAAAUUCUGGCAUUCUUUUAGCACAUAUUGCAAAACUAAACGGUACUUAUGAGAACUUUAUACAAGAAGUGAAACUAACGAAAAAUCCAAAUGAAAUUGCAUUAUGCGUUGGCAUUAUAAAUACCUUUGAUCAACAUGAUUUCCAACACAUAUCAGCGGAUAUACGUGACAUUUGUAGCAAGAUAGAUGAAAUCGCCAAUGCAAAUGCCACAGUACCAAAUAUAUUACUAUGUGCUACGCGUGCACUUUAUCAGAUCUCAAAAAUUAUUCUUAAUUAUGAGUUGAAACCUCAGGGAUCACCCACAGAUGAUGCUAAAUUAAUAUUACGAAAACUUUUAAUAUUCACUUUUGGUUAUUUGGAGCAUCAUAUGGAUAGUGUGCGACAUUUAUGUCGUGAUUUAUUGCGUAACACUAUCGCAGCGGCAAAGAAAAUUAAUUUUGAUUUUCUUAUACAGAAAAUUUAUGAUGCUUGCAAUUCCGAACGGCUUUCGCUUUCAAUGAAAUGCGUCGUAUUGCAACAGACCGCUGCUAUUAUUGGUGCUGAUACGACUUUGCUAUCAUGUCGCGAAGUAUUUCAAUUCAUAUUCGCCGAACAACUGGGACGAGAUUUCAUGGUGAACAACUUAUACGAAGCUCUUAUGUUUGCCAGCCAUAAGGAGAUGACCUUUGAUACGUGGAUAAAAUUCUGGAUUGAUUAUCUACUUGGUGUUACCAUUUAUAACGAUGAACGUUUAGUAGAUACCGAACGACUAAUCGUUAAAGCGGUGAAAUGUGAUCCUAGAGUAGUAAGAUACAUAAUUUUUCAUCCUGUUACUCAAAUACCGAUUAGUACAAAAAUAUCAACGCUUUGGGCUGUACGUAAGCAUGGCAUAAAGGUUGAGGAUUUCAGUGGUCUAAUGGAAAGCUUCAAACAUCAUUUGACAAGCAGUAUACUCUCUAGUUCUGAUGAGACGCGCAUUAUGGCAUUGCGUCUAAUAGUAGAAACAAAUAAGACAACAGUGAUGCUGGCAUUAUGGGAGUGCGAAAAUCUUCUCACCUAUUUGGAAUACAAUACGAAUUGUCAAAGUCCUGCGACACGUCAGAAAAUGUUAUCGUUAUUCAACAAAGCAUUAAUGCGCUGUGAAUUGAAUUUAGUUAAAGUACUAAAAGACCAUAAACUGUUUAAUACGAUUGCAGAUGACGCACCGCUACAAUUGAAGUUUUUACGUGACGUUAUUAAAAAUUUGGUGAAAAAUCUUUUUCAGGGUGCCAACUUCAGUCGUCGUUCCGUCUCUUUGCAAUUGCUACAACAAUGUAUAAUGAUUUGCAAAAAUUGCGCUAUACCGUUGGAUAGUAUUUUACCAGAGGAAACUGUAAAAUCACUAAACGAAUCGCUAACGGACUCCUACGAAGCUAAUAAAGAAUUGGCAGUAAAUAUACUGCAAGUAAUUGAAGAAACUUUAAAUAUUAAUUUAAUAGAGAAACAUAAACUAAACAUCAAUCCAACGCAUAUCCGUACAUUAUUAACAUCGAUACGUCCAACCGAUUCUGUAACUGGUGCAUAUCAAUUGGAAUUUUAUUGUCAUCGCCCAGAGCAUAUAAACCAUUUUGGCACAUAUAAACAAACGGAUUAUAAUGCCAUCUAUUACGCUGCAUUACGUUGGCUGAAGCAAGAAUUGAAAGCUGGUCUUAAAAUGGCAAAAGAAAGUCUACUGCAAGCAGCUAAGCUGAAUCCGUUGUAUGGCAUUUUAUUUGCUAUAAAACAUUUACUACAACGUCUCGAUUUUAAAAUAGUCUCCAUAGAGAUACCUUGGCGCAUUAUUAUUGCCGAACUGAUUUUAUUAUGCAAAGAGUUGACGUCAAUUGUUUCACCCGUGGUGAAUAGUUCAUCACCGGAAGGUCAUUUACCAAAUGAUUUCAGUGACUUGCCCGCCGAGUAUGGUGAGGAGGCGUCAGGAUACGAUAAAAAUGCUGAUUGUAAAAUACUUUCCAGUAAAUUGUCAAAAGUCGAUUUAACAAAUGUGAAGACAACACCACAAAUGGUUUUACUAUGCGCUUGGCGUACCGUAAAAGAAGUCUCACUAAUACUCGGUGAGAUCGUCUUACGUUCACCAAUACAACUGAGUAAAUUAACUGAACAAUUUCUCAUCACCAAAGAACAACUACUCGAAAUUGGUGAACAUUUUAAGCAAUUACUUGCCGAAACCAAACAUCGUGGCGCCUUCGAACAAGCCUAUGUGGGCUUUUCCAAACUUUGCUGUCGCCUUUGGCGUGUAGAAGUAACCGAUUUGAAUUCACUACCAAUGCAAUGGCUACGUGAUAUGCUCACACUGAUUAGUAAAGAUGAACAAUUGAAUGAAAAGAUUUGCGCUACGCGACGCAGUGCAGGCGUACCGUUUAUGGUACAAGCGCUCAUUACUUCCGAGUUGCAAGUGGGAUCGACAAAAACGCUCUACUAUUGCAUGACACAUUUAGUGCAGUUGUGCAAUGCGUCGGAACGCAGCGCCGAAUCGCGUACACAUGCCAUGAACAUAUUGCGUGCACUCUUCCGUUGUACGGAACUAAAUGAAGCGGUGGUGGAGUAUGUAUCCGAUGGUGUUAUGUGCGCCAUACGUGGUUAUAAUGCUGAAACUUGGUCGGAAAAGAAUUCGGCAACAUUGCUCUUUGCUGCGCUCAUCACACGUAUAUUUGGCGUGCAGCGUACAAGGGAUUGGGAUAAUUUGAAUGUGCGGAAUAAGAUGACUGGUCGGAUUUUCUUUUUACGCUAUCCAAAAUUAUAUGAUUUCUUCCUUGCACAGCUGCAGGAGGCCAGCGAAUUGGUGCGAAAUCAGCAGAAAGCACUCAAACUACACCCGCUACUGUUGAUUCUGAGUCGUCUUUAUCCCUCAGCGUUGGAGGGUACCGAGUCUAAUUUGAUGUUGAGUGAGUUUAUACCAUACAUCUCGACGUGCGCCAGUUGUCCUGAAAUGCAAACCCGUUAUCUAGCAUCUAAAGCUGUCGUAGCGCUUAUCUCUAAAGACGCCAUACCUGUCACAGUGUUGCGCAUGUGCGCUGAAGUGGUGAUCUCUGCAGAUAAUCAUAAAACUCUAAAUUUGAAUGUUCUACAUGGACAACUACUGCAGAUUUAUAUGCUAAUCAAAGCACAUAAACAGCCUGAUGAGGAGCUUGUCGGCGAUAUUGCAACCACUUUGGCGUUAUUCCAAGAAAAAACGCAAAUAAAAAAUGCCAUUAUAUUGAAAUUAAUGAUGGAUAUUUUCAUUGAAAUUUUGAAAAACCAAUCGAGUCUCACUUACCCAAAAGAAACCCGCACAAGUUUACUCUUCUUGACCACCCACAAGGAGCUUUACAAUCCCGAUUUGAGUUUCUACUAUCCGGUGCUGCGAAAAUCUUUCUACAUUUACAAUUUGCACACACUACGCCUAACCCUGCCAUACGGUGCACUCUCCGACUAUCUACUUAGUCCGCCCAUUACACAUCCGACAGUGCCGCUGGAACAAGCCGAAACUUGUCUCAGUGUUAUGCUGCUAUUAUUGCGUAACAAUUAUUUGGACUUAUCGGAAUUUGAGAUAACAAAUGAAGAGAUUUAUUUUGUGCAAUCUCUAGACUCGGACGUACGAGAAAACUUAGCUGAUGAAUUACGUCGCAGUAAACCUUUAUAUCUCACGCUCAAGGAACUAAUACAAAAACCACUUUACUAUCCGGAGUGUGUGAUAAAGGCGUAUGCAUUAAUUAGUGUAUUGGAUAGCUUCGAUAUGACAAUAAAUCACUUAUUGAAACAGUCGAAGAAGCAUACAGGUGAUGUGAAAUCACCGUUGACCUUAUGCGUUGAACGUGCUGUGAUGAAACAUGGUGGUGUAGAGCCAAAGGUGUCACAGACGUGCUUGGAAUAUCUGUUGGAAAUAUCGCAGCCAUCGAAUCCCGAUCAUUUGAGAUUAAAGGCGGUCUACAUUAUGCCACAUUUAAAUAGACAUUUUUGCAAGGCUUUGGAGAGAAAAAGAUUGCCGUUUAUUCGCAUGUACUUUGGACUUACGAUGGCUUUGCUUAUGGAUGAUGAUUUUGAUAUACGUGAUCAUAUGGCUAGAAGCGUGCUGGGUAAUAUACCGGAGGAUAUUGGCAUGACAAACGUUGUGGAUACCAUGGCGCAACGUCUCUUUCUACAAUACAUGGUCGAUCAAUUACAAGCCUGUCGUGCCGAUGAUAAUUAUAUAAUAGAAAUCUUCAAACUCAUGCAUGAAGUACUCUCAUUAGGUAUUGCUGCCGAUGAGGAUUGUAAUAGCUCAGCGUUCGGUAGUAAUAGUAGCUCAUCAUCAGCGGUGGAUUUUGAGGUGUUCGAUAAGAAUGAGGCGAAUGUCUAUGCGGAACCACAAAAGGCGAUUGCCGAUACGUAUGUUGUAUUCAAAAAUACAUUCAAAACACGUCCGAGGUUGUUGAGUCGUAUAGCUGAGUUGGAGGUUGCUUGAAUUUUCCAUUUUUUACGCCACUCAAUUUGUUUUCGUUUAAUGAAAAUAGUUCAAAACACUUAAAUGUAAUUGCUUAAGUUAUUAGUUUAGCUAGUUCAGUAAGUAGUUAUGUAUGUAUGCUUUUUUUUUUUUAAAGUGUAAGAC